ACGAAAACCUGGUAACUAAAACCCUUUGUUCAGCGGCGUGAGAGUGCAAAGCUUGAAGUUGAAGCUGAAGCCUUAGCUUAACUGGGAUUCGGAAAUGGUUCUAUCGAACAAGAAGCUUAAACUGAAGCUUAGAGCUGACUUGACCCAAGACCAAACCAAUUCCAACGUUGUUGAUGUCCCUUCAUCUUCUAACUCUCUCAAAAAUCUUCUCGACUCUGCCACCCACAAACCCAUAUUGUCCAAGAGAGAGAAACGCCGAAAGAUUCGAUCUUUGCAAAACCCUCACCCUCCAGAAGCCGCUAAUGAAGAUGAAGGAAGGAUUAAGGAAAGUGGGUCAGAGGGUUUGGGAAAUAAGAAGAACAAAAAGAGAAAGAGGAAGGUAGAAGGUGAUGAUGUGGCAAAUGGGGUUCUCAAGGAUUCCAAGAAAUCAAAGAGCAAGAACAAGAAGAAGCAGAAGCAGAAGAAGAAGAAGGCCAAAACGGUAGAGGAGAACAGUUCCAAUCAUGGAGGUGAAACGCCAGAGGCUACAGGGUUAACUAAGACCAAUAACACUACCAGCCAGGGAAAUGUUGAUGUUCCCACAAAAGUUUACGUCGGAGGAAUUCCCUAUUAUUCAACUGAGGAUGAUAUUCGAAGUUAUUUUGAAGGCUGUGGCACCAUAACUGAAGUUGAUUGCAUGAGUUUUCCUGAAAGUGGGAAGUUUAGAGGGAUUGCCAUUAUUAGUUUUAAGACUGAAGCAGCUGCCAAACGAGCAUUAGCUUUUGAUGGAGCUGACAUGGGCGGACUCUUUCUUAAAAUCCAACCAUAUAAAGCAACUCGAGCCAGUAAAGCAUCAGAUUUUGCUCCAGAAGUUUUGGAGGGAUACAAUAGAAUAUAUGUUGGAAAUUUGUCAUGGGAUAUUGCAGAGGAAGAACUAAGGAAAUUCUUUUCAAAUUGCAAUAUAACGUCCAUACGAUUUGGUAUGGACAAGGAAACAGGAGAAUUUCGAGGGUAUGGUCAUGUGGAUUUCAGUGAUAGUCAGUCACUGAAAACAGCUCUUACAUUGGACCAAAAUGUUUUGUCUGGUAGACCUGUCAAGAUAAGUUGUGCGGUUCCUUUGAAGAAAAAACCAGGAAACAAUAAAACUAAUGGAGUUGAUGGUGAGAAAUCAAGUUCCACUGGAAGUGUCAAGAUGAGUAGGAACAAUACAAGCUCUGAGGCUCCAGUUAAUGGAGUUGAUGGUGAGAAAUCAAGUUCCACUGUAAGUGGCAAGAUGAGGAGGAGGACAUGCUACGAGUGUGGUGAAAAAGGACAUAUGUUCUCGGCAUGCCCAAAGAAACAAACAGUCACUUCAACCACAACCUAAAGCAUGCACGAAUACAUAAACAUGUCAUUGUUCCUGAUUCUUCUCGUAGACAGUUUUAUUUUUGUUUCUUUUAAAAAUAAAAUAAAACAGGGCAGUAUCUAUGGUUGAACAAGUUGACAGUUUCCUACUUUCCUUUUCGUUAUCAUUUUAUUUAUUUUUACCUUAAAGUGAGAAUUCCUCGAGUGU